AUGGGAGCUGCGCUCUCUAUCCCCUUCCUGGCCCUGCCCAGCGUGGGCACCCUCGCGACCUUUGCCGCCUCAUGCUGCGGCGCCGCGACAUGCUCCGCCGUCUGCAGUGCCUGCGGCAAGUGCCAGAACAGCAUGGCCACCCGCAUCGCCUAUGCCCUCAUCCUGCUGCUCAACUCCAUCAUCUCGUGGAUAAUGCUCACCGACUGGGCCAUCAAGAAGCUGCAGAACCUGACCCUGGACUACAUGGACUUCAAGUGCGGCGGCACUGAGUGCUACGGAUACGUCGCUGUGCAUCGCUUCAACUUCGCCUUGGGCUUCUUCCACGCUAUCUUGGCCAUCAUUUUACUUGGCGUUAGGUCAUCCAAGGACGGCCGUGCGCCCAUCCAAAACGGCUACUGGGGCCCCAAGAUCAUCGCCUGGCUGGGGCUCAUCGUCAUCAGCUUCCUCAUUCCCGAGGGCUUUUUUGUCUCUUGGGGCAGCUAUCUUUCCCUCAUCGGCGCCAUUAUGUUCCUGCUGCUCGGUCUUGUCCUGCUGGUUGACUUGGCCCAUAACUGGGCUGAGUACUGCCAGGACAAGAUCGAGACCACCGGCUCCAGGAUGUGGACUUGGCUUUUGAUCGGCUCCACCGCGUCCAUGUAUGUUGGUUCGCUUGCCAUGACCAUUGUCAUGUACAUUUUCUUCGCCCGCGGCGGCUGCUCCAUGAACCAGGCUGCCAUCACCAUCAACCUGAUUCUGCUCAUUUUAGCCUCGAUCGUCUCUGUCCAUCCGGGCGUGCAGGAAGUCAACCCUCGCGCGGGCCUGGCGCAGUCGGCCAUGGUUGCCAUUUACUGCACCUACUUGACCAUGUCUGCUGUCGGCAUGGAACCCGACGACCACCAGUGCAAUCCGCUUAUCCGCGCACGGGGCACCAGGCGAGCCAGUAUCGUCAUAGGGGCCAUUGUCACCUUUGUGACGGUCGCCUACACGACUACCCGUGCCGCAACAUACGGUCUGGCGCUUGGCGCUCAAGGCAAUCCGUAUUCUCAACUUGCCACGGACGAUUACGAGCACGGACUCGUUAUCCAGCAGCCGGAGAGCCGUCGGGAAAUGCGCCAGGCUGCUCUGCGGGCUGCCGUGGAGAGUGGCAGCCUGCCCGCGAGUGCGCUGGACGAUGACUCGGAUGACGAGUCGGACGACGGGAACCACGCCCGUGACGACGAGCGCAACUCGACGCAGUACAACUACGCUCUCUUCCAUGUCAUCUUCCUGCUUGCCACUGCAUGGGUUGCAACGCUCCUGACGAUGAAUUUUGACCCGACGGCGGAAAACGAUGGGUUUGUCGCGGUUGGUCGCACGUACUGGGCAAGUUGGGCGAAGAUCCUGAGCGCUUGGGCAUGCUAUGCUAUCUACAUCUGGAGCUUGGUGGCCCCCAUGGUUCUGCCGGAGAGAUUUGAUUAUUAA